AUGCGGCGGGCGUCGUACGCGCCGGCGACGACGGCGCAGGGCCCCGGCGAGCCGCUGAUCGUCGUGGAGGAGUCGGGAGGCACCGACGACGAGGGCAGCCCCGGCCCGCCGUCGCCGCCGCCCGGCUUCAACCCCGACUCGCCGCUGCUCAACCCGGGCCUGCUGUCGCCGUUCCGCGACAUGCGCAAGCGCUCGCUGCCCACGCCCGCCUGCACCUCCGGCAUCACCGCCUCCCAGGUGCGGCGACUGUCGGAGCACGGCGUGGAGAGCACGGGGGCGGCGGCGGCGCGGGAGGCGGCCUUCCUGGCGACGCUGUCACAGACGGCCGCCCCCGCGCCCGGCGGCCGCCGCCACUCGGUGGUGACCAUCUCGCGCGCGCCGCCCCCCUCCAUCCUGUUCGGGCGCGGCCGCCGCGAGAGCAUCGCCGCCUUCCCCGGCGCCGGAGGGCCGCCCCCGCGGGUUCUGCCCGGCCGCAGGGACUCCGCCUCCAGCAUCCCGCCACGGCCCCCGGCCACCGGCACAGGCACCGGCUCGCAGUUCAACUUACAGCUCGACAUCAUGGACGACAUCGCCGAGAUCAAGGCGGCGCGCAAGGUGCGGCUCAAGAUGUGGCGCACGCCGUCGAGGGAGCGCAUGUGCGAGGUGCAGCCGCUGGACGGCGCCGGCGCCGGCGCUGCGGGGGCGGCGGGGCCGUCGGGGGCGGCGGGGGGCCAGCAGCAGCGCUACGGCCGCGGGGAGCUCGGCCGCCGCCACUCAGAGUUCGUGCCCAGCCCCACCUCGCCCGCAGCCGGCGGUGCGCGGCGCCGCGCCUCGGAGUUGCCGCCGGUGAUCAGCGCGCAGCCGUCCACGUCGUCCGGCGGCGGCUCCGGCUCCGGCUCGGGCAUCGUCUGCACCAACACAGACCUCAUCUCGAUCCUGUCGUCGCUGGCGUCGUCGGCCCAGGAGAUCAACCGCAAGGUGGACGAGGAGGAGGAAGAGGAGCGCGAGGAGGCGCGCCGCCGCCGCCGCCAGCAGCAGCAGCAGCAGCAGCCGCCGCCCGUGCCGCCGCGGCUCGGCCUGCAACAGAAGGCGUCCAGCGUGGCCGAGCACAAGCGCAGCCGCCUCAAGAGCCUGCGUUCCAACAGCUUCGACGUGUCCAUGCUGCUGCCCGGCAGGGGCUCCCAGCAGCAGCCGCAGCAGCAGCAGGCCGGCAAGGGCUCUGGGCCCGCCAGCUGGUUCGUCAAGAGACACCAGCCGAAACGUGCAGACUCGACGCUGGCGGCUGAGACGAGCCACACCGCGGCAGCAGCCAGCACAACAGCGCCGCCCCCAGCUACGACAGUGGCCGGCGGAACGGGGGCGGCGACAGCCUCGAACUCGGGGGCGGCGGGGGUGUCAGUGGCCGCGCUGCCCGAGCCGGAGCGGCAGGUGGUCUGGGACGGCCGCAGCGGCUCCGUGGUGGACGCGCAGUUGCUCGGUGGCGCCAUAGAGGCCUUCCUGGCGCAGCAGCGCGGCUCUUCCAACGGCGCUGGGGGCGGCGGGGGCGUGUUUUAG